AUAACUCAGUCAUUGUUGUGUAAAGCACGCCGUUCACUUAACGCAUUAGCGGGAUUUUACGGUGUCAGCUAGGCAUCUAGGGGCUAAAAAGCACUUUGAAAAUCCGGGUUUCGCCAUAGCUUUGUAAACAGCGAGGGAUGGCGUCGCAGUUUUCGUUUUCGGAGGAAGGUUUGACUGUCAAUAGCGGCCGGGAACACAUUUUCGCUAGUAACUGUUUGAAAAGGAAACUCGAAGCAAACGGUUGUAAUGGAUUUUCUUCAGUGGGAGACCAUGAGUCAGUUGAGCAGGAAUAUAAUCUCAACAGUGAGAAAAGACAGCGGUUUUCAGCCAACAGCAACGGCCAUACGGAGUGUCUCGCGAGCGUCAACAAUGACGAAAAUAGUAAUUGCCAGAGUUUUACUCACAAUAGGAACAUCAUGGGAAAUGAUUCUCUGCUUCAUAAUAAUGUAGAGUGUGACGCAUCGAUCGGAUGGGAAGAAGUUAAAAUGGACUGUGUAAACGAAACAGUUGCUCAAAAUCGAUCUGCUUGCUGGGAAGAACAUGUCACUUCCGCCUGCCCGCCAAAUUUGAACAACAACGUUGCUGUUGGAGAUGUUUCCGUUGAAAUAAGUGGCCGAGAGAGUUCCCCAACGAAAGGAUCACCGGCAAGGGAAUUUCUACAGACACACAGGCCAGAGCACCUAAUGUAUUGCAUCCCAUCCUACUGUCACCCAGGGGGAUUAUGGGAUGUUAUGCUGGAGGUAUAUCAUGGGCUGUAAAUCUAAAUAGAUUUCUACAGCCAUUUUGAUUGGAAAAUUGUAAGAUGAUACAUGGACGCAACAUAGAAGAGAAAAACAAAUCAUACAUUAAAAAUUUUAUAAACUUAAAGCUUUGCAUGUCAUAUACAUUUAAAUUACUAUUGUGGCAGGUACUAUGUCAUAUUAAAAGCUUUGGAGAUUAUUGUACAAUGUGUUUCAACAG